AAUCAUGAACACAUGCAGAGAAGUCGAAGGUAAGUACCUAAAUUUACUUGCACAUACAAAAGAUAACAAGCAGUGGUGGGCUAUUGGUCUAUUUCAUAUGUUGCUGCUAGAGUCGCACAACUCUAGCUAUAGGACUCGUCUCGAAUGCCUAGAAUUUCUCGACAAACAAGACGUUAACUCAGUAAUGUUCAUCUCAUUUGGAAGAACCACUACAUUAUCACAAGAGAAAGUCAAUGAGAUAGCGCUUGGUCUAGAACGAAGCAACCAUAAAUUUAUUUGGGUACUAAGAGAAGCCGAUAAAAAAAUGGAAACUGACAAAUUUGAAGAGAAAGAUGGGAAGAUAGAAUUGCCAAAAGGGUUUGAAGAAAGAGCGGAAAGAAGAGGAAUGGUGGUGAGAAAUUGGAUACCCCAAUUAGAAAUCUUGGGACAUUCAUCUACAGGCGGGUUUUUGAGCCACUGUGGAUGGAAUUCUUGUAUUGAGAGCAUUAGCAUGGGAGUGCGUCUAGCAACAUGGCCAAUCCAUCACGAUCAUCCAUUUAACGCUAUUUUAGUGACCAACUUGCUGAAGAUCGGAACAUCUGUCAGGAGUUGGACACGUCGAGAAGAAUUGGUGACAGCAUCAACCAUUGAGAAAGUUGUGAAGACAUUGAUGGGCACAACGGAAGGGGAAAAGAUGAGGCAAAGAGCAGUGGAAUUGUGUAAAAAGAUCAAGAGCUCUGUCAGCGAUGGAGGACCUUCACGCAAGGCAAUGGAAUCUUUCAUUUCAAAUAGUAUCAAAUAACUUCCUGUUUGUGUGUGUGUGUCUGUGUGUUUGUGUGAUAAAAGGACCUGUGAGUGUUUGAAUCAAUGAUACCAUGAACGGAGAAACAAAUUUUUCUUCAAUGGCA